GUUUGUUUUUUUCAGUUUGGGCUGAAACUGGUGAUUUUCGUGAUAGUCAUAGUUCCAUGACCGCUGUUGCAAAUAGUCUGGAGAGUACGCAUUUAAAUAAUUUCCAAACGUCGUCAGGAUCAUCUAUAUCAAAUCGAAAUCGGGAUCGUAAAGAUGGUAAUCGUUCCGUUAAUGAGACCACAAUCAAAACAGAAAACAUAUCAAAUUCUGGUCAUGAUGAACCAAUGACAACGACCACGGAUGAACCUAAAAACGAUAAGAAAAACAAACGUCAACGACGUCAAAGAACACAUUUCACCUCACAGCAAUUGCAAGAGUUGGAACACACUUUCAGCCGUAAUCGCUAUCCGGAUAUGUCGACGCGCGAAGAAAUCGCUAUGUGGACAAAUUUAACGGAAGCCCGUGUUAGGGUGUGGUUUAAAAAUCGUCGUGCCAAAUGGCGUAAACGUGAACGUAAUGCUAUGAAUGCAGCUGUUGCUGCAGCUGAUUUUAAAUCCGGUUUUGGAUCUCAAUUUAUGCAACCAUUUGCUGAUGAUUCACUAUAUUCCUCAUAUCCAUACAAUAAUUGGACAAAAGUACCUUCACCACUUGGUACAAAACCCUUCCCAUGGCCAGUCAAUCCACUUGGUUCAAUGGUUACCACAAAUCACCAUCAAAAUUCAGUGAAUUGCUUUAAUACUGGUGCCAGCGGUGUUGCUGUUAGCAUGAAUAACUCAAUGUUACCAGGUACGAUGGGCUCCACAUUAACCAAUUCAAAUGUUGGGGCUGCACCCUGCCCUUAUACAAAUCCCGCUAAUCCUUAUAUGUAUCGUGCCGCAGCUGAACCUUGCAUGACAUCUAGCAUGUCUUCCAGCAUAGCUACGUUACGCUUAAAAGCGAAACAACAUACAACCGGUUUCGCAAGUCCCUAUUCAGCGCCUUCACCGGUUUCGAGAUCCAAUUCAGCAGGUCUGUCAGCAUGUCAAUAUACUGGCGUUACUGAUGUUGUUUGAGAAAACGCCCUCGGGGCUCUGCUCAAUCAGCAUCAGCACCAUUUACAACAUUUCUCUAGCGGCGGUAAUGCAUCAGUUGGACAUAAUUUGCAUCAUCUACACAACAAUAACAACAACAAUAAUCUAUUAAAUAACAACCAUUUGUUACUGGAUCACAACGGUGGCGGCAGUAAUGAUAAAUCACCACUUCAUCAUCAACAGAAUGAUUUAAGUGGUGGUAAUGGUAGUGCUAAUGGUUUAAUGGGCCCAAAUGGUACCAAUGACAAUGGCGAAGAUGUAGAAGAAGUCAUUGACUAAGAUUGCUUACACAUGCAAUGGGUGUCUUAGACUUGAUGCAAUAAAUAAUAUAAAAUGAAAUAAUUUAAAAAUAAAAAUGAAUG